GUUCCAGUGCCGCACUCCCCGUCUCCGCCUGGGCGCGCUCGCGUGGGUGCAGGAGUGGCGCAGGGCGGCCAUGGCGUUGCGCGCGGUCGUGUUCGGCCUGGAUGGGGUCCUGGCGCUGCCCUCGGUAGCCGCCGCCUUCGCCCGCAUGGAGGAGGCCCUGGCGCUGCCCAGAGGCGUUUUGAGUGAUAUUUUUAAGAAAAAAGACCCAGAUGACUGCAGUGUCCGCCUCAUGAAAGGAGAGAUCACGUUUUCCCAGUGGGUGCCUCUCAUGGAAGAAGACUGCAGGAAGCAUUCGGAGGCUUCUGGAACCUGCCUUCCAGAGAAUUUCUCUAUACGUGAAAUCUUUGGCAAGGUUGUUUCAGCAAGAAAGAUCAACUUCCCCAUUCUUCAGGCAGCUCUGACUCUCAGAAAGAAGGGGUUUACAACCUGCAUCCUCACCAAUAACUGGCUGGAUGAUAGUGCCCAGAGAGACAGUCUGGCCCGGCUGAUGUGUGAACUGAGGCCACACUUCGACUUCCUGAUUGAGUCAUGUCAGAUUGGAAUGGCCAAGCCUGAGCCUCAGAUUUACAAGUUUUUAUUGGACACCUUGAAGGUCAAUCCUAAUGAGGUUGUUUUCUUAGAUGACUUCGGGGCUAACCUGAAGCCAGCUCGGGACUUGGGAAUGGCCACCAUCCUUGUCAAAGACACUGACACAGCCCUGAGAGAACUGGAGAAGGUCACUGGGAUGCAGCUUCUCAGUGCUACAGCCCCUCUGCCAAUUCCAUGUAAGCCAAGCAAUGUCAGCCAUGGGUAUGUGCCAAUAAAGCCUGGAGUCCGUUUACAUUUUGUCGAGCUGGGCUCCGGCCCUGUGGUGUGCCUCUGCCACGGCUUUCCUGAGAGCUGGUUCUCUUGGAGGUACCAGAUCCCUGCUCUAGCCCAGGCUGGCUACCGGGUACUUGCUGUGGACAUGAAAGGCUAUGGAGAGUCAUCUGCACCUCCCGAAAUAGAAGAAUAUUCCAUGGAAGUGUUAUGUAAGGAGAUGGUAACCUUCCUGGAUAAGCUGGGCAUCUCUCAGGCUGUGUUCAUUGGCCACGACUGGGGAGGCAUGCUGGUGUGGAACAUGGCUCUCUUCUACCCCGAGAGAGUGAGGGCUGUGGCCAGUUUGAACAUCCCCUUCAUGCCAGUAGACCCCAAAGUGUCCAUAAAGGAGACGCUCAAAGCCAACCCUAUUUUUGAUUACCAGUUCUACUUCCAAGAACCAGGUGUGGCUGAAGCUGAACUGGAAAGGAACAUGAGCCGUACUUUCAGAAGCCUCUUCAGAGCAAGCGAUGAGGCUUUUGUCAUCACCCAUAAUAUCUGUGAAAAGGGAGGAGUCCUGGUGGAUAGCCCAGAAAAGCCCAGCCUCAGCAAGAUGGUCACAGAGGAGGAAAUCCAGUUCUAUGUGCAGCAGUUCAAGAGGUCUGGUUUCAGAGGUCCCUUAAAUUGGUACCGAAACAUGGACAGGAACUGGCAGUGGGGCUGCAGAGGUGUGGGACGAAAGAUCCUGGUUCCAGCCCUGAUGGUCACCGCUGAGAAGGACCGCGUGCUCCUUCCAGAGAUGUCCAAACAUAUGGAGAACUGGAUCCCCCAUCUGAAAAGGGGACACAUUAAGGACUGUGGACACUGGACACAGAUGGAAAGGCCUACUGAGUUGAAUCAGAUCCUCAUCGAGUGGCUGGAAACUGAGGCCAGAGACCCACCGAAGGCUGCAAAGCUUUAGGGUGUGACGUGCUGCUGCCCAGCGGGUGCCCCGGUCCUUUCAUCUGCCGGGGGCUGCUCUCCAUACCCAGACGAGGCCCUACGUGCUUCUCUUUUAACCAGCAACAUUUUUCCAAAGCAGUUUCCAAAACAGUGAUUUUUUAAAAAUGAAGUGAAUCAAAUUUGACAUAAUUUUAGAUACAGGAAAAAUCACGGGUGACUAAUUAUCUGGAUAUAAAUGUAUCACUUAAUCCCUGAGAAUGGCUAGUGUCCGGUGGAGGUACCAAACGGAAAGGCCAGGCAGAGGUUUUGAUUGACCAAUUGCUAGUUUUGCAGCAAAAUCAGUAGUUAAUUUUGAAUAGAGAUUGUGACUCCUGUAUUCAAUAAAGCUGAGACAACUAUGAAA